AUGGGGACCAUCACGCAGAAGAUCAAAGACAUUGAAGAUGAGAUGGCUCGCACGCAGAAGAACAAGGCAACAGCACACCACUUGGGCCUGCUCAAGGCCAAGCUGGCGAAGCUUCGACGAGAGAUCCUCACGCCUUCAGGCGGCAAGGGAGGCGGAGCAGGAGAGGGCUUUGACGUGACGAAAAGUGGUGACUCGAGAGUUGGGCUUGUGGGUUUCCCGUCAGUUGGGAAGUCGACGCUUUUAAACAAGCUGACAGGCACAUUCUCUGAGGUGGCAUCGUACGAGUUCACAACGCUCACGUGCAUUCCGGGUGUGAUUCGAUACCGAGGGGCCAAGAUCCAGCUGCUGGAUUUACCGGGAAUCAUUGAGGGAGCCAAGGACGGCAAGGGGCGAGGCAGGCAGGUCAUCUCGAUCGCCCGCACGUGCAACUGCAUUGUGAUCGUGCUGGAUGCCAUCAAGCCCAUCACGCACAAGAGUCUGAAUGAGACAGGGAUUGAGAUGCCUCACACCAUCCCCUCGCAUCCCCCUCCCUCUCUGCUGCUGCCACCCCAUCAGGUCAUCUCGACCGCCCGCACGUGCAACUGCAUUGUGAUUGUGUUGGAUGCCAUCAAGCCCAUCACACCCUCCCCUCCGCUACCUCUCUCCGUCCCUCUCCUCCCGUCGCCCCCACGCGGUGUGCUCCGAGUACCGCAUCCACAAUGCCCUUACUCACCCUCCUUCCUUUCCCUCCCUCCUCGCCCUCCCCUCUUCCCUCCCUUUCCCCUUGCCCUCCUCCCUCCCUUUCUCUCCUCUACCCCUCUCCCUCCUCCCUCCUUCGCUCUUCUCCCUCCCAGGCUGAACAAGGAACCUCCAAACCUGACGUUCAGGAGGAAGGACAAGGGCGGCAUCAGCAUCACAGCAGCUUGCAGCGUCACCAAUCUAGACCUCGACACAGUCAAGGCCGUGUGCUCCGAGUACCGCAUUUACGCCUCCCUCACUCAACCUUCUUCCUUUCCCUCCCUCCUCUCCCUCUCCUCCUCCCUCCCCUUCUUCGUCCCCUUCGUCCCCCUCUCUCUCCCUCCCUCACUCCCUCCUCUUCUCCCUCCCAGGCUGAACAAGGAGCCUCCAAACCUGACCUUUAGGAGGAAGGACAAGGGCGGCAUCAGCAUCACAGCAGCGUGCAGCGUCACCAACCUGGACCUCGACACGGUCAAGGCCGUGUGCUCCGAGUACCGCAUCCACCCCACCCCACCCUCACCCCCUCCCUCCCGCCCCCUCCUCUCCCUCCGCUCCUCCCUCCCUGUCUCCCCUCCCUUCUCCCUCGCCCUCUCCCUCCCGUUUCUCGAUGGGGGGUGCCGUUUCCCCCCCUGGCAGGCUGAACAAGGAGGCGCCGAACCUCACCUUCCGGAGAAAGGACAAGGGCGGCUGAACAAGGAGCCUCCAAACCUGACCUUCCGGAGAAAGGACAAGGGCGGCAUCAGCAUCACAGCAGCGUGCAGCGUCACCAAUCUAGACCUCGACACGGUGAAGGCGGUGUGCUCGGAGUACCGCAUCCACAACGCGGACGUGCAUCUGCGAUACGAUGCGACGGUGGACGACCUGAUCGACGUGAUUGAGGGCAGCCGCGUGUACAUCCCGUGUGUGUACGCUGUCAAUAAGGUGGACCAGAUCACGCUGGAGGAGCUGGAGGUGCUGGAUAAGCUUCCCCAUUACUGCCCUGUCAGCGCUCAUCUGGAGUGGAAUCUGGACGGGUUACUGGAGAAGAUCUGGGAGUACCUUGACCUCGUGCGCGUGUACACCAAGCCCAGAGGAGCAAAUCCAGAGAGGUUGAAACGUGUGCUUGUGCGCUCUCUUCCCUGCAUGAUCCCGCAUGCCCACUUGGAGUGGAACCUGGAUGGCUUACUGGAGAAGAUCUGGGAGUACCUGGACCUUGUUCGAGUGUACACCAAGCCGAGGGGAGCGAAUCCGGACUAUGAGGAUCCGGUGAUUCUGUCGCGUGCUCUCACCACUGGUUCCCUCCCUUCUCUGUGGCUGGCGAUUCAACAUCCAUGCAGUGCCCACUUGGAGUGGAAUCUGGAUGGCUUACUGGAGAAGAUCUGGGAGUAUCUUGACCUCGUGCGGGUGUACACGAAGCCACGGGGGGCGAAUCCGGACUACGAGGAUCCCGUGAUUCUGUCGGGCAAGUCGGUGACGGUGGAUGACUUCUGCAACCGCAUCCACAAGGACAUGUCCAAGCAGUUCAAAUAUGCCAAGCACAAGCCGCAACGAGUAGGCAAGGAGCACGAAUUGGAGGAUGAGGAUGUUGUGCAGAUUGUGAAGAAGGUGUGA